GGGAGGCAGACCUGGAACGAAAGUCAGCCUUAAACCUGAGCUCGGUGGCAUUUCUCUCCCGCCUGCUGGUGAGUGUGAACCUCAGGCCUGGGUGGUCGAAGCGGAUCCUCGUUAAAUGAAAACAAGGCGUCGAUUCAGCCAUGGAGUGCAUCAAAAACUGCUGCAAGAACUUCAUAAAGAAGAACGAGCAGGAGCGGGAGACCCAAGUGAUUGCACUGAAGAUGCCCCCUAACACAGCAGCAGCCCCGGGACAAAAUGUAUCUGAAGAUUACUUACUUUCCAAGAUGCCCCCAGAUGGCAGAGAGGUUCCCUUUGUUGUGCCAACCUAUGUCCAACCCAGCUUCCCUAAUUUACAGGCUGAGCCACAGAGUUCAGCCCGGUGCACAUUUGCAGCAAGGAAGGCAGAGCUGGUCAGCACCACUCCCUUCAUCUACUACCCCGAGUCCUUCUUCCAUCAGGGUCACAUGGCAGAGCACAUCUCCCCCGGCUCGAGCCGCCGAGACACAAUGAAGAAGAGAAGCUUUGGUCCACAAAGCCCAGGUUGGAAUACGAAGUUGGGUGGCCAGGAGCGACUGAGCAGCUCCAUGUUUGAUUUGUCCAACCCCCAGGGUCACAUGCAGCACUUUGAGUCCCUCAGCAGUGCAUCCUCCAAGAUGAGCUCCAUGACAAGCAGCCUGGAGUCUGUCACCUUGUCUGGGGAUGAGCGCGAGUUGGGGAAGGUGUGUGUCCGGCUGAACUAUCAGGAGGCUCUGGAGCAGGUGUGGAUCACCCUGGUUCAGUGUUCAGAUCUCAACCUUCAUCCGGAUGGAGGGGAGCAGCAAAUGAUUGGUUUCAAAGCAAUCAUUACCACCCCCAAACCUAUACAGUUCAAGAGCUCAGUUAGAGAGUACUGUCAGGAUGUGUCCUUCAUGGAGACCUUUGUGUUUGCGCUGCAUCUCCAGCUGUUGCGCUGCAGCGCCUUGGUGCUGCGACUGCAGACACACAACCCCAAAAAACGUACGGUGGCAGAGUGUGUCCUUUCCCUGCGACACCUCGGUUCUCAGGAGGCAGAGCACUGGCUUGAACUGAACCCUCCGUCUAAAUCUUCGGUGUGCCACUCUGAGCUGCAUCUUACUACAUGCUUUCAGCCGGUGAAUGGACGCAUCCAGGUCCAGGUCCUUGCUGCUCAAAACCUCCCAGCGUCCUCCUCACCGCUCACUCAAGCUUUUUUUGUCAAAGUUGAGAUGACCCAGUUGGAGCAGGUGAUGAAGAAGAAGACCCGAGUGCUCAAAGCCUCGGGAGGUCAGUGUCAGUGGGCUGAGACGUUUCACUUCCAUCUGGCCACCUUAGACCACCCCUACUCACUGUCAGUGAAACUCUACAGUCGCAGCUCAGUCAGGAGGAAACAGUAUCUCGGACAGAUUCAGCUGGGACUCAAUAGCCCUAUCCCAGAGGCUGUGGAGCAGUGGAAGGACACAAUGGCUCAUCCAGAGAAAGUGGUGGCAGCGUGGCACAGGCUGAGUUCUUCCUAAACCUCUUCUCCCAGCUACUUCUUUAUGCACUACUGACAUAGUGCUCUCGUGCAGCACAUCUCGCUGUCCCCGCUUACUUUUCCAGUUGGCCAGUCACAGUCCUGUACGUUGACAUAGUCAACUCUGAUUGACCAGACUGUAAACUGCUGAACGUGCUCUGAACGCUCUGGGAAAUUUCCACAGAGACAGCGCACGUGUUCAGUGAUCAGUUAUAAAUAAGGGUUUCGAACAAAGUGUAGAUGGUCGAAAGGUUAUUUUUUGUGUGUGUGUUUACUGUAGACUAAAUGAAGGAUAUUUCUUAAAAACAGUAGAGCAUUUGCUAAAUUAACAAUUCAAUUGCUUAGCAUUUAGCUGUACUGUACAUAAGCUGUUUUCUGCAAGUUGCAUGACGUGGAAGUAUCACUGCUUUAUGAGUCUGCUUCAUUUGGCAAAGAAAGUUUACAAGCUGGAGAAAGGUGAUAGGAAAACCAUAUUUACUUUAGUGGUUUCAGACUGUAAAGAAGAUUCAUCUAAUAGUUUAAGGUUGGUGGUAUUCUGUAUUUUUAAAACCAUAAAAAUUCUGCUAUUCAGUCACUUAUUAACUAAAGAUCUUUUAAAAUUCUUUUAAAAAAGCCAGAAAUAUUUAGUGUCAUUUAUAUUUUUUAAAGCAAGCUGGCUAGCAUGAUAAGACCACAGCAGAAUGAAAUGUCAUAGUCUUAGGCAUAAAAUGCAAUAUUAAAUGAUAAUUUCAAAUAAUUAUAAAAGCUACAGAAAAAUAGUAUUUUUCUUUUAGUCCUGUGCAAAACUUUUGAGCCACUCAUCAUGUCUUUAUAUUUUGCUUCCAUGGACUUGUAAUUUUAAUAGGCUUUCAGACAGCCUUUCACAGCUUUUCUUUGGACACUGGCUGCUUUUUAUUCUUGUACCUGACCAAUUUCAGAGGAGCUUUUUAUUUUGUUAGGCUCUAACAAUGACAUAUGAAUAAAUCAGGCAUAAGAAAAGGCACCUAACUUGAGGAAUGAACAAGUGUUUUGUUGAAAAACCAAUUUUAAGUUGUAUCUCUCGGCACUUUGUUACUAGCAGUAACAAAGAUUUGGCCAUGGACCUCAAUGUUAUUGAAGCAGUGUGGGAUCAUCUUGACAGAGAACGGAACAAAACGCAGCCAACAUCCAAAGAAGAGUUUUAAAUGUCCUUUAAGAAAAACCUGGAGAACUAAUUCUGAAGACUAGUUAAAGAAAUGACAAGAAAGCUUGCCUAAGACAGUUCAGACUGCGCUGAAAAAUGAAGGUUAGUUUGGAGUAAGCUGUAUCAGAGUUUGGUUAUAUAAAAUACUUACUAGUAGGAUUGUCUUGUUGCUUAUUUUUUAAAAAUCUUUUUGGAGAAACAAAAUAUACGUCCUUUAAAAUUCCCUAAAUGUGAGCUAGAAGGCUUUCCCUUACCUUAAUUUAACUUUACAAGGUGUCAUGUUACUGGAGAAAACAGCAGCUUCUGUGUCAAACAUUAGCUCUGUGCUUUUGAUAAAAGCUGCUUUUUAUAUACUGAAUGUAAAUAAAAAGUGUUGAGUGUAAAAGUUGAGUGUAAUAAAAAGUUUAU